AUGGAGCCCUUAGCUUCCCCUGUUGCAGACCGGCCCCGUGAGAAGGUGUUUGCAGAAUCAUCACAACUCACAAGAUGGGAAGCAAGUGUGCAAGCUGGAAACAAAUUUCCAACUGUGCAAUCAAGAGAUCCUAGCCCAGCACCUCCAAAUGAAUACGACCAAAUACUUCGAGGGAGGGGUUCUAGUCUGUCCAGGUCUAAAAGCCCAACAAUUCGUACGAGUACAAGCACGAGCACUUCAUCAAACACCCCAGCUAUACCGUCUCGUCUAAGAUACUCCUCCUCGAAAUCGUCUGAAGUAGCAAGCGAAGCCAACGGAGACCACGCAAUUUUUGGCGGACACUCUACGACAGCUUCACAGAGCUCCUCAGAUCUGCCACGGAAUCGAAGCUCCAACAGUAUACAAAACAAUGAGAAAUGGCGAAUUGGAGGCACCCGCAGACCGACUCCUCCGGAACAGAUACUGAGGAGGAAUUCUUCGCGUGCACUUCUGCCAGGACAAGUAACUACACCGGGCACACCAAGACAGAUCAGAGAUCUCGGUCAUGAUUUUUCUCGAUACCCAUCCAGUGCCGAUCUCAGUGUCAGUGUAGACAACGGGAUAUAUGUAGUGGCUGCGGAAGCCAAUGACCCACUUCUUCGGGCGACGGAAAAUAAUAAUCUAAAUGAAUCUCAACCGAACCUAGAGAAAUGGCCAGACGACAGACUUGGAGUCCUCGAUCCUUACAGCGGUGGUGAUAAUGGCUUCAUUCUGUACCCGCACGAGGAAGAAGCAGACGAUAAGUUCCAUCUUCCCGCAGAUGAUGAUGACAUUACUUUCAGACCAAAGCUGAGAGACUACCUGGAUCGGCGGAAUAUAGUAUCUACCUGCGGAGCAAUAUUUCUGAUUCUUGGCAUCCUCUGUGUCUUCGUCGUCCUUCCUGUGUUGACGUAUCGGACACGGCUCCUGCUGCCAAAACGAGACAGGGCCAUUUAUCGUGCAAGUUCAACUUGGGCGCACGUUAAUAACAACAAAUAUCGACUUCUCAAUAACGUUCGGAAAGGAUUGAUAGAUCCAGACACCCCAGAAAUCGCCAAGACCAGGAAAAGUACAUUUGAUGGCUCGGAACUAGAGCUUGUUUUCAGUGAUGAGUUUAAUGAAGACGGCCGAACAUUUUACGAAGGAGAUGACCCAUAUUGGUAUGCACCAAAUUUCUGGUAUGGGGCAACGCAAGAUUUGGAAUGGUAUGACCCAGAUGCUGUCACAACGAGAAAUGGCACACUUCAGUUAAGAUUGGAACACUUUCGUAAUCAUAAUCUUGAUUUCCGAUCUGGAAUGCUGCAUUCUUGGAAUCAUCUUUGUUUCAAGGGAGGUAUUAUUGAAAUCUCGGUUUCGUUGGCUGGACCCGCCGGUAUUCCAGGAUUGUGGCCUGGCGCGUGGACAAUGGGAAAUCUCGGACGACCAGGAUAUCUAGCUACCACGGAUGGAGUUUGGCCAUAUACUUACAAUUCCUGUGAUGCGGGCAUAACUGCCAACCAAUCAUCGUCAGACGGGCUUUCCUUUCUGCCUGGGCAAAGACUCAGUUCAUGUACAUGCAAAGGCGAAGACCAUCCCAACCGCGGCACAGGCAGAGGAGCUCCGGAGAUCGACAUCCUAGAAGGAUCAGUCGCAAACCGAGUCGGCGUCGUCACUCAGAGUUUCCAAGUGGCACCCUUCGAUGUCUGGUAUCGCCCUAAUUCCGAGUUCAUGGCUCUCCCAGACCCAACAAUAACACAGAUGAACACCUAUUGCGGAGGACCCUUUCAGCAAGCCAUCAGUGCAGUCACAACUUUGAAUAACUCCUGGUAUGACGGCAACGAGUAUCAGAAAUACGCCUUCGAAUAUGUGCCUGGCACAAAUAAAGGAAAGAUUGCCUGGUUCGUUGGCGAAGACCCAACUUUCAUCAUGGAUGGACGAGCCAUUGGGCAAAACGGUAACGUCAAAGCACGACAAGUCUCUGAGGAACCCAUGUCCAUUGUUCUGAAUCUAGGGAUAAGCCAUUCGUGGAGUGAGAUCUGGAUGGAGAACUUGACGUUUCCGACUACCAUGCAUGUUGACUAUGUGCGAAUAUACCAAAAACCAGGUCAAAAGAGUAUUACAUGCGAUCCGGAUGGGUAUCCAACUACGGAGUAUAUCGCGAAUCAUCCGAAGGCGUAUCAGAACCCAAACAAGACGCUUUGGAGUCAAACGGGAUAUGAAUGGCCAGCCAACAAAUUAGGUGGAUGUCCAUCACGAGGCGUAUGA